AUGUGGGAGUUCCAGGAUCCCUCACAUCGUCCUUUCCCGCAGGACACGGGAUCCAGCAGCCCCAUUGUGAUCCUUCAGGAUGCCCCAAAGCAUCCCGAAUUGCUGCCCUCCACCGGGUACAAACCAAAGACCACCAGAAUCAUCACCAAGGACGAGAUCCGGGACCUCAUCAUUCCCCAGGAGAAGCCUGAGCCGUGUCUCAUCAUUGGGGAAAAGGAAUAUGAGAGGAUCAAGGAAUCAGCUCAAGCCCCGACUGAGGUGGAGCACUGGGACAGGCGGAAGACCCUGAGAGCCAGACAGGACGCUGCUUUUGAAACCCUGAAAAAGGCCCAGCUGGAGGAGCAGAGAAAGGCAGAACUGGAGGACAAGAGGGACCGUGGGAGUGACCGGGAGGAGCAGCAGGAGCAGCAGGAGAAGCAGAAGCUGCUGCAGCGGGCAGCGAGGAUGAGGCUGGAGCAGGAUGAAGAGAUGCGGGCACUGAACGCGCUGUUCCUCAGUGCCAAGUGCAACAUGAUCCGGGACAAGCAAGUGCUGGAGAAGCAGAUGAUCCACAAGGAGCUGGCCGAGGAGGAGAAGCGCCUGGACAAGAUGAUGGAAAUGGAGCGGGACAAGGGCACGGAGGUGCAGGAGGAGCUGGAGCGCCACAGGAAGCAGGAGCUGAUGAGAGCCAGGCAGGACAUUGUGAAACAGAUGGAGCAGAACGCAGAGGAGAGGGCGCUGAGGGCCGAGGAGCUGUACCAGGAGGGCCAGAGGCAGCUGGAGCGCCUGGAGCAGAUGAAGAGGGAGGAUCGGAAGGCCUGGGAGCAGAAACAGGAGAAACUAAAGCAGAUCCAUGCCGAGAUUCGACGUUUCAAUGAGGAGAGCCAGAGGCUGAAGGAUCAACAGCACGAGCGGGAGAGGCUGGAGGACGAGCGGGUGCUGGAGCAGCAGCGGCAGAAGGCUGAGCGUGAGGCCGCCUGGGAGGCCGAGCAGGAGCAGCUGCGCCUGGAGAAGGAGAAGGAGCUGGCGCGGCUCAGGGCCAUGCAGGAGCAGGCCCAGGACUGGCAGGCAGAGCUGGACGCUCUGAGGGCCAAGAGGAACCAAGAGGUCGCAGACCGGGAGUGGCGCCGGCAGGAGCUGGAGAAGGCGCGGAAGAAGGCCGAGCUGGAGCAGCAGCUGAGGCAGGACCGGCUGGAGCAGGUGGCCCAGAAGGAGCAGUACCUGGCCAUGCAGGUGGAGCAGGACCGCCAGGAGUUCCAGAGGGUGCUCAAGGCCCAUCAGGAGCAGCUGGAGCGGGAGAAGCUGGAGCGGGAGCAGAGGGAGCUGCGGCAGCGCGCCCACGCCCAAUAUCUCCGGCAGCAGAUCCAGGAGCUCCAGCAGCAGCGGGAGCGGGAGCGGGCGGCCGUCAUUGAGGAGGGCCGGCAGCAGGAGCAGGAGCUGCGGCAGCGCCGCCAGUGCCUCGCCCAGCUCAGGCAGCAGAAGCUGCAGGAGUUCAGAGCCGCCGGAAUGCCCGAAAAGUACUGUGCCCAUGUGGAGCGCAAAGCCCAGAGCCGACCUGGCGCUGCCUCCUCCUAG